GAGGGAGUCUAGUUUCUUAAAAAGCACCGACUCGGCCCCACUUGCUCCACAGACGCGCCUAGCCGCCACGGAGAAGAGAAGACACGUCUUUAUUUCCUCGCUUUUUAUUAGCGGCAAAGUGGAAACGUGUCCAUUUCGGAGGGGUGGAUUGUGACAACCAUUUCCCUUUUUUUUAAAAAAAAAAAAAGAAAGAAAAAGAAGUGGAUAUUCUUCAAACUCAACCUGGAUUAACUCAAGUGGCGUUAGAACAUCUUUUUAUUCACUUUUUCUUGUGUUUUUUUUUUAAUUGUUUCGAUAUGUUGUGGAAAUUAGCCGACAACGUCAAGUAUGAAGAUGACUGCGAGGAGAGACACGACGGAAGCAGCAAUGGCAACCCGCGGCUGCCUCACCUGCCGGCGGUCAGCCAACACCUCUACAGCCCGUCUCCCUCCCUCUCACACUCGGCCAGCUCGGACUUCCAGCCGCCUUACUUCCCUCCCCCGUACCAGCCCAUCUCCUACCCGCAGUCCGGCGACCAUUACUCCCACCUGGCCGACCCGUUCAGCAUCAACUCCAUACAUCAGUCGUCGCCGGCCUCUAACCAGCAGCAGUGGCCCGGGCGCCAGGGCCAGGAAGGCCUGGCGGGGCACGGCAGGAGCGGCCUGGCCGGCCAGAUCCUCGGUCUGGAGGGCGGAGGCUCCUCCGGGCUGAGGAGGGAAGUCUUCCGCCGGCCGGAGCUUCUUGGGCCGCACGCCCACGGCAUUGAGACGUCGGUGAUGGGGGAGAACAUGGGCAUGCACGACAUGGGCCACGGGAUGGAGGACGUGCAGCACGUAGACGACCACAGUAUUAUCAUGGCAGAUCAGACCGUUAUCAAAAAAGUAUUAGGACUGCGAGGGGGCAGGAGCCUUGAUCGCGUACAGAGGACUUGUUAUCAGGGGGGCAUCCUUGCGGGGCCUGUGACUCUUCCCAAAGGCAAUUCACUGGGCCUCCCCUUCCAGAAGGAGUCCCUGCUGGGCAUGGUGUCCAACCCCACCGAGGUGUUCUGCUCCGUCCCGGGUCGCCUGUCGCUGUUGAGCUCCACCUCCAAGUACAAGGUGACGGUCGCCGAGGUCCAGAGGCGACUUUCGCCGCCAGAGUGCCUGAACGCAUCGCUGCUGGGAGGAGUUUUACGCAGAGCCAAGUCGAAAAACGGCGGACGCUCCCUGAGAGAAAAACUGGACAAAAUCGGGCUCAACCUGCCGGCAGGAAGAAGAAAGGCUGCCAACGUCACUUUACUUACCUCACUGGUGGAAGGUGAAGCGGUUCACUUAGCCAGAGACUUCGGUUACGUGUGCGAGACAGAGUUUCCCGCCAAAGCCAUUGCGGAGUACCUGGGCAGGCCUCACGUGGAACGCAAUGAGGUUAACUCGCGCAAGAACAUGCUCCUUGCUGCCAAGCAAAUCUGCAAGGAGUUCACCGACCUGCUCACCCAGGACCGCUCGCCGCUGGGAAACUCCCGGCCGGCGCCCAUCCUCGAGCCGGGCAUCCAGGGCUGCCUGACUCACUUCAGCCUCAUCAGCCACGGCUUCGGCUCGCCGGCCAUCUGCGCCGCCAUGACCUCGCUGCAGAACUACCUGAACGAGGCCCUCAAACAGGUGGACAAGAUGUACCUGAGCUCCGGCGAUGACGGGGCGGGAGACGGCGGCAGCAAAGCCGCCGACAAACUGGACAAGCACAGGAAAUGAGACGCUCUCCCGCGGGGGGAAUCCGCGUAUGAACUCCGGGUUUCCGCCCCAUUUUUUUUUCCUUUUGUACGAUGACAGCUUUGGGAGAACAUUUUUUUUUAUUCCCCCCCCCUCCAGAGGACAUCAUUUCAAGAUGCUGUGAGCUCCCCUUCCUCCUCCUCCUCCUGUCUGGAGGCAAAUCUUCUGAUUUCCUGCGUCUCAACACGACGGACCACUUUUUAUGAGAAAAAGACACAAUUCUCUCCCGUUUUUAAAAAGGACAAAAACAAGCUGAUUGUUGUUUGUGCCGCACCUCGUCACGUCAGGAUGGAUUGCGUGUUCCUGUGCUUUGCCGACCUCCAGAAACCUCGUCAGUGUUCACACAGAGGAUGCUGCCAUGUCUGAAAACUAGGGAU